GCUAAGAAAAAGGCAGCAGCUCAAGGUAAGAAGAGAAGAGAUACUCACGCUAAAACAGCUUAAUCUUCAGAUUUUGAUUCCUUCUUCUUCUUCUUAUCUAGAUCUGCUCUAUUGUUUCACGAAAGAAAUCUCUUUGAAUUUAUUAUUGGUGACCGAAAAGAAGGGGUUGACUCCAUUCCAAGUUAUACGAUUAAAGCCGCCAGAUUCUUGCCCAGACUCAUAGCUUUUCUCAUCACCAGAAAGUGUUAGAUAUUGACGAAAAUCUCAAGUUUCUUGAAUAAAUUGAAGAAAAAAUAUAUAUAUUGAAGCGUAGUGUGUGAGCUAGGAGAUGGGUUCAGGCAAAGGUGGUACUUCUUCUGCUCAACAAAUGGAAUCAUCCAUACAUGAUAUUCGUGAGAGAUAUCGUCUUGAAUUAGAAAAUUUAACCUUGACUACACAGCCCUUCAAAACACUGAAGGUUUUCACUCUAGCUAUCCUUCAGUAUUUCACUCGAUCAGUAUCGUAUCUUUUGGAAAAAGGUGGUUGGCUUAUGCUUUCGAGCACUCUAAUAGCUGUUCUUGGAAUUUUGCUCAUGACCGUUGAGGGUCCUCAUGAGAAGCAUGUUGAGGAAGUUUCUAAGUAUGUUCGAUUUGGAUUAUGGUGGAUUGCACUUGGUGUUGCAUCUUCAAUUGGUCUUGGAUCCGGUCUGCACACUUUUGUCCUUUAUUUGGGUCCUCAUAUUGCCUUGUUUACAAUAAAAGCAAUGCAAUGUGGACGAAUAGACCUGAAGAGUGCUCCAUAUGAUACAAUACAGUUAAAGAGAGGUCCUUCAUGGCUGGAUAAACCCUGCAGAGAGUUUGGGCCCCCAUUAUUUUCAUCGUCACAUGGGUCAAGGGUUCCCAUUAGCAGCAUAUUGCCUCAGGUGCAGGUGGAGUCUAUCUUAUGGGGUCUUGGGACUGCACUUGGAGAGCUUCCUCCUUACUUUAUCUCAAGGGCAGGCAGCAGAAUUGAUGCCUUAGAAGAAAUGGAUCAUUCAUCAAGUGAGGAUAAUGGAGUCAUAGCUACUCGGCUGAGACAAAUCGAGCGCUGGCUGUUAUCCCACUCUCAACACAUGAAUUUCUUCACCAUUUUAGUGCUCGCCUCGGUCCCAAAUCCUUUAUUUGACCUUGCUGGCAUCAUGUGUGGACAAUUUGGGAUUCCAUUCUGGAAGUUCUUUCUCGCUACAUUGAUUGGGAAGGCAAUCAUUAAAACUCACAUGCAGACGGUGUUUAUUAUCUCUGUCUGUAAUAAUCAACUCCUAGACUGGAUAGAGAAUGAAUUGAUCUGGGUGCUAAGCCUCACACCCGGAUUCGGUUCUUCCUUGCCCGCACUCACAGCAAAACUCCAUUCAGUCAAAGAGAAGUACUUGGCUGCCCCUCAUCCAGUGCCUUCAAAUAGCAAGGGAAAGUGGGAUUUUUCAUUUACUUCGAUAUGGAAUACCAUCGUGUGGCUUAUGCUUAUGAACUUCUUUGUCAAGAUCGUCAAUGCGACUGCUCAGAGGUACCUGAAAAAGCAGCACGAUAAGCAACUUGCGGAGACUUUAUCCGCUUCAACGCAUUAAGAUUAGGAAUUCGACGAAAGCACUCGUCGUCCUUCGUCGUCAUUCUCAUUUACAAGUAGCUGAACUACAAUUUGGUUGUCCCUCAUGAAUUACCAUUGAAGUUCUCCCCCAUUUAGAAGGUUGUAUAUAUGUUAUAUAGUAGGGGAACCUAUACAAACAGAAACUAGAGAUUUUAUUUAUCCUUCAUGUUUAAUCAUUGUUUUGGGGCUUUUGACUACAAAAUUUGGGUGAAUGCCCCUUUAAUAUCACAAUUAU